AUGCAAUCAGCUAGACUGUCAUCCUAUCUUCCCAACUUGGAUCUGUUUGUAAUCUUCGCUCAUAUCUUGUCAAGCGGAACUUGUACAAUGGCCACGAAAUCUCUUGCCUCAUGCCUCUUCUGCAAAAUCAUUGAAGGAAAGAUCCCAAGCUUCAAGCUACUCGAGACCGAAACAUCGUUCGCGUUCUUAGACAUAGGCCCGCUCUCCAAGGGGCACGCCCUUGUAAUCCCGAAAUAUCACGCUGAGAAAAUGCAUGAGCUCCCAGACGAAUAUCUUCAAGAUGUCCUACCAAUUGCCAAGAAGAUCGCCCUCGCUCAAGGGGCCGCAGAUUACAACAUCCUUCAGAACAAUGGCCGACUCGCUCAUCAGGAGGUACCUCAUGUUCAUUUCCACGUUAUCCCAAAGCCGGACGAAGUUGAAGGACUGGGUAUUGGAUGGCCUGCUAAGUCUGUCCCCAAGCCGGAAUUAGAGAAGGUCUUCGCAGAACUUUCCGCCAAGUUGAAUGCCCCUCAAUCUUGA